UUACAAAUUUAGCGCGAAUUCUUGUUGCCGACACAUUCUGUGAAUAAUUUGCCAAUGAAAUAUACCUUAGAAGGCAGCAAUGCAAGGGUCAUCGCCAAAGCCGUACAAUCCCUGUCCAAAGUGGGCAAGGAAAUGUUCAUUGAGAUCGAUACAGAAGGAUUACAAAUGAGGGCUAUAAAUGCCACUCAGUCGGCUGUGGGGAGCAUAUUCUAACGUUCCAUGUUCGAGAUCUUCGAUACGCCAGCCAACUCGGGUUUCUAUUGCAAAAUCUCCAUGAAGGGUUGCUUGGCCGUUUUCCGGAACAUGACCGAGGUGGAGUACUGUGAGCUUAACAUACUGGACGAUCAAACCAAUUUGCAGGUUAAUCUACGCUGCAAGCUAGAGACGACCAAAGAGGCCACCAUUUCAAUAAUAGAUGAUCAAAACAUUAAUACAAACAUCGACACAGACCAAAUGCCAAAUGUAAUCCGCGGCGAUCACAAACUAUUCAUGGACAUAUCCAACAAUUUUAACACGACUGAGGAGGAGCUUACCUUGGAGGCAAACUCUGGCAGCUUGGUGGCCAAGAACUAUAUAGAAGGAGCCCGAGUGAAUGACAAGUUUAUGCGGACGCAGCUGAAACUCAAGCAUGAAUUCGACCAGUACCAGGUGACCAAGGAAACUAUUAUUACGUUUUGCAUCAAGGAGUUUCGGGCCUUUCUCCUCUUCGCCGAGUGUCUGAAUGCAUCUCUAAACCUGGAGUUCGAUGAUGGCGGUCGCCCAUUUCUUCUGAAAGUCAAGAAACACGGUGAGAUUGAGUGUUUGCUUAUUAUGUCCACGCUGUCACCGGACGACGUAAGUUUCUCGGAUGAUUACUGUCAACGGGAGUUGAGUGCUCAGGAAGAAGAUGUGCAAAACGCAACGUCGGCGGAGACAGCUCCGAGCUCAAAGCGAAAGAGCAGCACUCCCGGACCAAGUGUAGCCAGCAAACGCAAGAGCAAGCAAUCGGAACCGCCUGUAGUGCAGCGAAAGCGAAGAUUCCUGGAAGAGACCCAGCCGCCGGAGAGCAGCUUGGAAACUCCUCUUUUCCAGUUCCGACAUUCUGAGGCACAGCAGGCUUCUGUGCAGCAGCCACGAAACCUAGCGGAGGUGGACACUGUGGUUCUGAUUGAGGACGAGGCAGAUGAGGAGGCUAUGAUGCUGGCAGCUGCAGAUGCCUUAGAGGGGAGUAUAGCUCCAGUUACGGCGCCAGCCAGCACGGAGGUGUGCUUUUACAACUCUGAAGAUACGCCGACCCCAGCGAUGCCCUCCGAUGAGGAUGAAACCAUACCACCAUCGCCGGAGCGUCCCACGAAAAUGCGAACCAUCUUUUCCAGAUGCUUUCAGAACACCUACGUUCCUCGAGAGCCUUCGCCAAAUAGUCAAGCCUAUGCGCCGAAUUCCGAUACUGAAGAUUAACAUACACUUUGUUCGUUUAUCUCGGCAAAUACAAAUAAUAGGAUAGAAUA